AUGUCAUCGCCAAGAAAGCGACAACGAGAGUCGCAGUCAUCACCCCUCGCCUCUUCUGCACAGAGCCAUGCGACCGACAACGCGGACACCCCACGCGUGAGCAAGAGCCAACGUCCCAACCUGCUCGCCCGAACACCCUCCCAGGCCAGCAGGGCCAGCAAGGCCAGCAAGGCCAGCAGCGCCUCGCGCGUCUCCCCUACGAAACAAAUCGCCAGCCGCCAGAAUAAGCCCUGGCCCGUCCUCGUCCAACAAUACGACCCCGAUGAGACCGACAUUCCCGCCUCCCUGCGACGUGUAUGGACGGCUUUGUCUUCGUUUGCUCUCGGGAAAGGUGUCAUCUCCAGGUCCAAGAAGGACGAAAUCUCGAAAGCCAAAGAGACUUCAGCGCGGUUCGAAUCGAUAGACGGAGACUGGUUCUUUGACGACAACUCCACGAGGGACCAGCUGGGGCCUUCGCCGACCGUCGCACAAGUCAUGAAGAUCCUCGACUUCGCCAAGACAUGCGCAAACGAGAAGCACGACGAGGAUUCAUGGAAUCAGUGCCUGCACAACCAGAUCCUCCAGCUUGCCGUGCCCCAGAUGGGCGCAAAGCAGGAUAACGUCUUUUUUCUGCCUUGUGCGACGGCUAAGAUCCUCGACACAUACAUCGAUUCUCGCGGCCCCGCCCGAAAGGUCGACUUCUGCUUCGUGGUUGAGCCUGGCCCGCAGACGGCUGAGGCCAUCACCGCGAUCCAGCACGAGGAUGACCUAUUCAGCAUGUCUAUCAACCAUACCGAUUAUCACCCAUUUCGCCGUCGCCCCAUCGUCUUGAGCAUCGAAACCAAGGUGGAGGGCGCGGGGAUCAACGACGCCCAGGCUCAGCUUUUGAUCUGGCUUGAAGCCCAGUGGCGCCUGCUGCGCCGGCUAGCGAGCCGCGCCGACCCUCCCCGCCCUCUGCCCGAUUUCCUCCCCGCCAUCAUCAUUGAAGGUCACAAGUGGUACUUCGUGGCUUGUCCGAAAGAUGAGGAAAAAACGGUUCUGUGGUCGGAGCUUUUUCUGGGCUCCACGCAGCACGCCAUCGGCGUCUACUCCAUUGUUUGCUGUCUGCAAUACCUCUCGCGCUGGAUCACAGACGAUUAUUGGCCGGCUUUUCAACGCAUCUUUUCUGCUCCAACACCUCCUGCGACACCUGAUUCGACAGGUUGA